GGGGCGAAGCCGCUUCCGCCCGGCGCCAAGAUGGCGGCGCCCUUUGUCUGGCCCGUGUCACGAAUCAGUCCCUGGAAAUGAGGACAGACCCUUCAUCUCAGGGCCGGGAAGGACUGGAGCUGCUUUGUUCCCCGAGCUGACACAGGAGAAGGGAGAUGCUGGAUGGCUGCGUAGAGACUGACCUGAGCACUGGGAAGGGGGAAGACUCUGGGGGAGAGUCACAGCUGUCAGACCCACCACCUGGGUCCUCUGGGCAUCUCCUGUCCUUGCAGCACAGGGCCAUGGAUUUCCCCCAGCACAGCAAACAGGUGCUGGAGCAGCUGAACCAGCAGAGGCAGCUGGGCCUGCUGUGUGACUGCACCUUCGUGGUGGACGGCGUAGACUUCAAGGCCCACAAGGCCGUCCUGGCCGCCUGCAGCGAGUACUUCAGGAUGCUGUUUGUGGACCAGAAGGACGUGGUGCACCUGGACAUCAGCAACGCAGCAGGCCUGGGCCAGGUUCUGGAGUUCAUGUACACAGCCAAGCUGAGCCUGAACCCUGACAACGUGGAGGAUGUGCUGGCCGUGGCCGGGUUCCUGCAGAUGCAGGAGGUUGUCAGUGCUUGCAACGCUCUCAAGUCCCUCUCGGCGCCGCCGCAAGGCCCUGGCGGGAGCCAGAGACCCCCGGCUACCAUAGGGGCCAACAAGGCGACGAUGGAGGACAAGAGCUGGACUGUAGAUCCACAGGGGGACGUUGACAAAACCAAACCAGUUCCUCCCAACCCACAGUGGAAGGAAGAGCCUCCAGCAGCCUCAGCAGCACAGCCCAAGGAGCAGGCAGAGCAGCCGAGCAGCCAAGAAGGUGAACCGCCAGCUGAUGACACCCAAAACCCCGCUGUCACCCCCCCAAAACACGCCCUGCCCUGCUGCUGGGCUCCUCCACGUGGAGCCUGCUGCCUCCUCACUCGUGCCCAAGACACUCUGUUGGUUGUAGGGGCAGAUCCUGCCAUCCAAGAGGCCUCCAACUCCAAAUUUCCCAGCCACCCACAGCCAGCAGAGAGCGCGGUGGGCAGCGGCUGCCCCGCCGAGACGGGAAACAUCUCUGAGGGCACCAAGACAGGAGAGACGGAGCCAGAAGUGAAGGAGGAAGAGGCAGAGGUGACAGCAGGGGGGGACACAGAGGCCAAAACCCCCGAGGAGGAGCAGCCUAGGUUGGAAAAUGGAGAAAACACUGAAGAGAACGAAGCGGGAAACGCCGACUCCGGGCAGGAAAACUUGGGAGAACCUCGGCUGCUGCCCUCGGGAAUUUACAGCGACAGGACCGAGUCCAAAGCCUACGGCUCCGUCACACACAAGUGUGAGGACUGUGGGAAGGAGUUCACCCACACCGGGAAUUUCAAGCGGCACAUCCGUAUCCACACGGGAGAGAAGCCCUUCUCCUGCAGGGAGUGCAGCAAAGCUUUCUCUGACCCAGCUGCCUGCAAAGCCCAUGAGAAGACCCACAGCCCCCUGAAGCCCUACGGCUGCGAGGAGUGUGGGAAGAGCUACCGCCUGAUCAGCCUGCUGAACCUCCACAAGAAGAGGCACACGGGGGAGGCCAAGUACCGCUGUGAUGACUGUGGGAAGCUCUUCACCACCUCGGGCAACCUCAAAAGGCACCAACUGGUCCACAGUGGUGAGAAGCCCUACCAGUGUGACUACUGUGGGCGCUCCUUCUCUGACCCCACCUCCAAAAUGAGGCACCUGGAGACACACGACACCGACAAGGAGCACAAGUGUCCCCACUGUGACAAGAAGUUCAACCAGGUGGGGAACUUGAAGGCUCACUUGAAGAUUCACAUCGCUGAUGGGCCACUGAAGUGCCGGGAGUGUGGCAAACAGUUCACCACUUCAGGAAACCUGAAGCGCCACCUCCGGAUCCACAGCGGGGAGAAGCCCUACGUCUGCGUCCACUGCCAGCGCCAGUUCGCCGACCCCGGCGCGUUGCAGCGGCACGUCCGCAUCCACACCGGAGAGAAGCCGUGCCAGUGCUUGAUCUGUGGGAAAGCCUUCACCCAGGCCAGCUCCCUCAUCGCCCAUGUGCGCCAGCACACGGGGGAGAAACCCUACGUCUGCGAGCGCUGUGGGAAGAGGUUUGUCCAGUCAAGCCAACUGGCCAACCACAUCCGCCACCACGACAACAUCCGACCCCACAAAUGCACCGUUUGCAACAAGGCCUUUGUCAACGUGGGUGACCUCUCCAAACACAUCAUCAUCCACACGGGGGAGAAGCCCUUCCUGUGUGACAAAUGUGGCCGGGGCUUCAACCGGGUGGACAACCUGCGUUCCCACGUCAAGACGGUCCAUCAGGGAAAGGCUGGGAUCAAAAUCCUGGAGCCUGAGGAAGGAGAUGAGGUCAACAUUGUCACGGUGGCUUCUGAUGAGAUGGUGACACUGGCCACCGAGGCACUGGCUGCCACUGCUGUCACGCAGCUCACGGUGCUCCCAGUGGCUGCUGCAGUCACGGCCGACGAGACUGAAGCGCUCAAAGCCGAGAUCACCAAAGCGGUGAAACAAGUGCAGGAAGCAGACCCCAACACCCAAAUUCUUUACGCCUGCGAUUCCUGCGGGGACAAGUUUUUGGACGCCACGAGCCUGGCCCAGCACGUCCGGAUCCACACGGCCCAGGCCCUCGUCAUGUUCCAGGCAGACACGGACUUUUACCAGCACUACGGCCCCGCCGCCGCCACCGCCUGGCAAACCGAGCAGGUCCUGCCCGCCGGGGAACUGCUCUUCAGAACCCGCGACGGACCCGCCGAGACUCCCCCCGCCCCCCCACAGCCCCCCGGGGAGGGUCAGGCUCCCCCCCCCACCUCCGAGUGAUUCCCACACCCCUCCCCCAUUUUCCCCUCCCUUUGCCUUUUAUUUAAAUGCUGCUCAGAAAUGGUGUAAAAAGUGUAUUUCUGGAAGGAGAGACGGAAUAAAUCGCAAUAUUUUCUGUA